UACACUGAUUUUGCACUGUACGAUUUCAGUAUAAGGAGAGCUUAGUUCUACGCCAAAUUCAUUGUCUAACGGCAGCGUAAAACAAUGUUCACGCAUAACGGAAGAUCACUAAUUUUUCUACUUUUGGGCCUUUGCGCUUCAAUCGUACCGAGCGGUGCCGCAUCUGAAGGCCGCAUUGUUGGCGGCACUACCGUGGACAUUUUCGGUGCGCCACAUUUGGUAUCGCUACGCUACAAGCACAACAGCUCAACACCCUUCAUACAUCGCUGUUCCGGCACGAUUUACUCACAGGAUGUCGUGUUGACCACUGCGCGUUGCGUCAUCGGUUUGACGCGUCAACAAUUGCAAAUUGUGGCCGGCACCAGCUAUCGUUCACAAACUGAUGGUUCUGUUUAUCUCGUCAAUACGACCGUCAUACAUCCGGAUUUUAAUAUUUGGUUUAUCGACAAUGACUUGGCGCUAUUGCAUUUGGAAUUUCCGCUAGCCACAAACAAUUCAAAGGUGAUCAAACCAAUCGAUUUGGCCGCGGCUGUGCCCGCAGCAGGCAGUGCAGCGACAGUGGCUGGUUGGGGCGCUACGGCAGAACAGGCGGCACUGGCAGAGCAGUUGCAGCAGGCGGACGUGCGCCUGAUAAACGAUACCCAGUGCAAGGCGACAUACGGUACGGGACGUAUUAGUGCGGCUAUGUUGUGUGCAGGCGGCGUGAGUGGAAGUGGCAGCGUAAUCGAUGCCUGCCAGGGUGAUGCGGGCAGCGCACUGGUGUCGAACGGCAAUGCGGUGGGUUUGGUGUCGUGGGGAAAUGGCUGUGGACGCGAAGGAUACCCCGGAGUUUAUACGAAUUUAGUGCAUUUCAAGGAAUGGAUUGAAAGUGAAGCCAAUAAGAAAAUUAAAAUGCAGCUGCAAAAACUGUUUAUCUACAUUUUCAUCGUCGCCAUUUCCUCCGCAGCGCUAGCGGCCACUACGCUAGAAAUUCAACCCCGAAUCAUUGGCGGCAACGAAGUGGACAUCGCCAAGUAUCCCUACCUUGUGUCCAUACGCUACCGGCUCGUAGAAAAUGGUCCUUAUUGGCACAAAUGCGCAGGUGUUAUAAUCUCAGAAGGAGCUGUCCUAACCGCCGCGCAAUGCAUACACGAAAUCCAAACGGAACGCGUUAUGAUCGUAGCAGACGCUAAUCGCCGCACGGGUGGCGAUGGCAAACAAUAUCCAGCUUCCAAGUGGGUUGCACACGCAAACUUUUCAACCUACACGGCCGACUACGACAUUGGUCUGCUGUUCGUCGACUUGCCUUUCGAAUUGUCUGCUGAGAGUUCACUAUUGCGUAGUAUUGGCAUUCGUGCACAGCGCCCGGCAGUCAACCGAUUAGCAACAGUUGCAGGUUGGGGAUAUCGCGAGGAAUUCGGACCAUCCUCAAACAACUUAGAAGAGACUAAAGUGCCGAUUGUCAGCGCAGCGGAGUGUAUGGCUAUUUAUGGUGCGGAUGAGUUGAGUGAACGGAUGAUUUGUGCGGGUUAUUUGCAAGCGGGCGGUCAUGAUGCGUGCCAAGGCGAUACUGGCGGGCCGCUGGUGUAUGGUGGAGAGUUGGUGGGCUUGGUAUCGUGGGGGCGUGGCUGUGCGCGUCCCGGCUAUCCCACGGUUUACACCUAUGUGGCCAGUUUGAAGUCGUGGAUUGACGAGGAAUUAGCUGCAAAAUUGACAACCAGCCGUCAAGACAGUUUUGAAUGGUGUCGUGCGAAUUUGGCAAGCCCACAAAAGGGACCUAGUCCAUGCAGUUUUGAAGUAGCGCCUAUUUUCCCAAGAUAUGCCAACAGAGUGUUUGCGCAAUUCGCCUUAAGCACAUCGAUUACUAUUCGUUACUUCGUAUACGCAAUUGAUAAGCUCAAUAAGCUAACGAUGAGUGGUGUUCUCCAUUUCCGUCUACUUACACUAGCGAGCUUUUGCUUGCUAGGACUACAGGCCGCCGUUGUGCCUAUCAAUUCCGCCUUGCCAAACGCUCAACCGCUGCAGGAUGGACGCAUUGUAGGUGGCUAUCAAGUAUAUAUCGGCAAAUUUCCUUAUCAAGUUUCCAUACGUCUCGACUCGUCGGUGCUAAUACACAUCUGUGGCGGUUCGAUUUAUGCGCCGCGCAUUAUUAUUACUGCUGCUCAUUGUCUGAAAGGACGUUUCGCUUCAACCAUACGCAUCGUGGCCGGAUCAUCCACGAUCGCGAAUUCCACAGAGGAGGGCGUGGCCGUGCAGAAGCUAAUCUACCACAGCGGCUAUGUGAAAAAGACGCAUGACAAUGAUGUGGGUCUUGUCAUUUUGAAAACAGCUUUGGUGUACUCCAGCACGAUUCAAGCCAUUCCAUUGGCACAAAGCUCUGCACUGGUGGGCACACGAGCCAUCGCCACCGGUUGGGGCAAGGACGAUGAGAAAGCACAGCAAUUGACCAAUUUAUUGCAGGCAGUCGAAUUGCAAAUUGUAGAUAGCGAGGAGUGUGCCGUGCAAUAUGCAGUGAACAAUUAUGUAAUCACCGAUGAGAUGAUAUGCGCAGCAGCGGAAGAAGGUGGCAAAGACACCUGCCAAGGUGAUUCUGGUGGUCCGUUGGUGGUGGAUGGCAAGUUGCUGGGCAUUGUUUCGUGGGGCAUUGGUUGUGCUCAACAUUAUCCUGGCGUGUACGUAAGUGUACCAUAUCACGUCGAAUGGAUUGUGCAGCAAGCAGCGCAAUACUUGUGAGAGUGAUAGUGAAAAAUAGAAAGAGAAAAUGCAAGUGUGGCGAGGUAGUAACAACUUGAGGAACAGGAAAAGGGUGCGUGAUUAUAAGUUUUUGUAUGAAAUGAGAAGACAGAGUGAAGAGGAUGCACCAUGCAAACAAAAGCGAAAAGAACAAAAGGCCAAUGAACAAAUAUUACUUAAUUUACAUAUUUUUUAUUAUAUUGAUAAAUGCAUGCGCUUUGAUUUUUAUUAUAACAAUUCAGGCUUACCUGUUUUCCAACUUUACUUGUUGAGA